AUGAAACUUCUAGUUUCGUUAUUUCCCUAUUUCCUUUUUGUAUUGAUUAUAGAGAUUUUCGCCGAGGAAAACCAGAAGCUGAUUGACGCCGUCGCUGGAUUCUGUACGAGUCACGAUGGUUAUGAUAGUGGAUUUUGCCUGGAUUAUGCGAAAUUGAGAAGAGAAAGAGCUCUACCGAAUGCCACUGUAACCAGUCCUCAAGAAAUAGCCAAUAAGACGGCAUCUGCUGAAAAACCGCCCCCUUUUAAGCAGGAACCAGGAGAAAUCCUGUUCCAAGAGGGUAACAAAACUACAGUAGUCGAUCCAACAGAUACCACAGAUCCAGAUGAAGAGAUUUCCGGCCUUACGCCCCAACAAAUUCAAGCAGAGUUGCGGAAAAUUAUCCAGGAGGAGCUGGCAAAGAAAAAUAUUCAAAAGACGUCUCCAGAUGAUCCGGCGUGCAAGAAUCUUCGUGACGAAUAUGAUGAAGUUUGUUUCGCCACCCCACCACUUGCCGCUUUUCAAGAAACCCGAGAAUUUUGUUUGGCGUUCGUGAAGAAUUGUCAGAACUCUCUGUUGACUAAUAUUUUCACUAAUGUUAAAAACUUCAAAAUCGACUUCACAGCGUAUUGUAAGAAGCAUCGCGAGCGCUUCAGAUACGUCUGUCCGGAUCCAUUGAGGUUUCAGAGUUUUGCUGAAAAUGCUGUCGACUUCUGCGUCCGCUAUCAAGACCGCUGCCCGAAAGAGCCUGUGCCAGCGGAACCAGUGAAAUUCCAUAGAAAAGACGAGGGACACAUUUACACCAGAGAAAUCGAGUUCUGGUGUACGCGUACCAAACGAACCGCCUAUAAUUAUUGCACCGAGCCGGAUCUGCUGAAAGUUUACAAGUAUGCAAUGUUCUGUGGAAUGUAUAACUCGGACUGUAAAAGUCUGAAAUUUUCCUUUGAAAAAGUGGUUAGCAGUGCUGGCUCUAUAACUUUUGAGCGAUCCAGUUUUUUUGCUUCCCACGUUCUGCCACAUGGUUUUAGCUCACAAAGCGACCAAUCCUUAGAAAGCAGACUUAUUCCCGUCUUCACAAUGACCACUAUCACUGUGACCGCCACCGAUGAGGAUCAGGAGACUCCGGCUCCACAGGAGCAACUUGUUCUUCGUCUUCGAGCUCAACCAGCUCAGCCAGCUCAGCGAGCUCCCCCAAGCCCGCCACAUGUCACCUGGGCAGCGGAUGUUGUUGACAACGAGCACAUGGGUCGUCUGAAAUCCAACUGCUGUUGCAUCUACGUGGCACCUCGCCGUUGGGACGAUCCAUCGACCUGGGAACCAGAUGAGCACGAGACGGAGCACUGUAGAGGACACACUUUGCCGGAGAAGAAGAAGCCGAGAAAGGAAGAUGAAGACGGGGAUGAGGAUAAGGAGAACAAGGCAGUGGAGAAUCAUGGGUGUGGAUGUGACCAUUGCUAA